GAACGGACACGAGGGCUGGAAAACGGCUAAAUCAACGGGAAAAUCUCACACACGCGCACUUACACACACAACUGCACACGGCUCUGUAUAUAUAUAUAUAUAUAUAUACACAUAUAAGUGAAGCGCCAAGUGCCAGUGUCCUAGAAAUUAAGCAGAAUAUCGAGAAUAAAACCAAAUCAAAGGCGAUAAUGGAAAAUUAAACAGGAAGGCCCUUGGAUGAGGCCAAAUGAAAUGUGGCCAAAGGAAAAGUGCAAGUGAAAAGUGCCAGGAAGAAGCAAAAAAUCACACACUCACCCACCAGUACACCAGCACACACACACGCACACAAAGGAAACGUCAUAUGCCAGAGGCAUUGACAGGAGCUCCCGUGGAAAAGCAUUUUGUGUAUCCUAUUUUGUGUGGCAGCGCCAAGAGAGCGUGUCCUUAGCCACAGUGGCCAACAACAACAGAAACAAAAACAAGCACUGCAAUUACACCGUGUUGUUGCCAUAAUGAUAGAUUUCAAAACUAAAUUGAGCAAAUUAUCGUACAGAACGUGCCUCGCUUCGAAAGUCUAAAAAUAAUCGCGCGUCGCCAGCUUGUCGAGGGCCCGAGUUUCUCGUUUCAUUUCCCAUCAUCAGCCAAACGGCCAACGGGAUGUCGAAGGGUCUAAAGUGCCGCAACUGACUUUAAAUUAUGCAUGCACAUUGAUUUUCCAACCACUGCCCAGUUGCUGUUGCUGUCGUUAUAUCCCCAUCAUUGUCGCAUGUUAUCAGCGGAACUGGCGUCGUCGACGGCUUUGUUGAAUGCGAGUUAUCAGCGCAGCAGCAACGGCCCCACAAAAGAUGAAGUGUGCCCCUCGACAACAAGUGACAAGUGCUACACAACGACAGGAGCAAAAUCAGGAGCAGCGCCAGCAAUUGCAACAGCAGCAGCCACAAUGACCAAGCAAUUGACAACGGCAACUGCAACGAAUGCGGCAUCGGGAAUAGGGCAGCCGGGUGAUUUGGCGCCCACAGUGAUAUCCCCGACCGCAGCCACGACACUCGAGACAGGAUCAAGUGGAAGAGCAGGUGGCACCACCACCACCAUCUCGCCUGUCAGCGAAACUACAAAGACUGUGGCACAGUCCGCCAAACCGGCGGCUGAGGAGAAGCCCUCGAGUAGCGAUGCCAGUGGCAGAUCGGCGGCUCUGGAGCGUGCCUACGUGCACGAUGUUUACGAGAACUGCGAGGAGCCCACCGGACCUGUUCGUCCUCGGAUGGCCCACUUCCUCAGCGGCCUCGAUCCCGGAUCCGUGGUCUGCGACGUGGGUUGCGGCAGCGGAAGGUAUCUCACCCAGUGCAAUCCGGCCAUCUGCACCAUCGGCGUAGAGCGCUGCUAUCGCCUGAGCAAAGUAGCCCACCAAAAGGGCGGCGAGGUGGCCCUGUGCGACAAUCUGGAACUGCCGUUCCGGGACGACAGUUUCGAUGCGGUCUUGUCGCUGGCGGUGGUGCACCACUUUGCCACCACGGAGCGACGUGUCCAGGCGCUUAGGGAGCUGGCCAGGAUCCUGAGGAUCGGCGGCCGGGUGGUGAUCACUGUGUGGGCGCUGGAGCAGCGACAUCGGCGCUUUGAGUCGCAGGACGUGCUGAUCCCUUGGCAGCCGCCCAAGAAUCGGAACUAUUCUUACUCGGAUGAGGAGGACGAUGACAACUUUCAGCCGCCCUACCACGCCUACACCGAGGACUCGACGAACUCCAGUCGAUCGGCUGGGGAUGGGGAUAGCUCCAGCCUCAGUUCAUCCUCGCCGGGCGAGUCCUGCUACAGCUUCGUUCGCCGGGCCAUUCAGAAACUGGCCCGUGGACGUCGGCAUGCGUGGUUCAUGGAUUCGUGGUCCUCGAAGGACACCAAGAACGACAGCAGUUUGGACUACGAGGACGCCAAGGACCUGCCCAUCGAGCUGCGUCGCCUGGAGGACUUCGAAGACUUUCCCGACCCACCACUAUCAGCUGGUCUCAAGUCCCGCAGCUUGGGCAGUAUCCUGCAGCCACCGCCCCGCCAGAUUGUCCGCUCCCGCUCCAGUGUUCCCAGUCUGGGAGGUCCUUUGAUUCCCGGCGACUCGAAGGCCAGUGCGGCGGCUCUGUUACUCAAUGCCCCCGAGGGUCAACAGCUUCAGUUGCAACUGCAGAUGAAUGGAAGGCAUUCACCCACCACCACGGCCAGUGCUGGGAACACCUUGAGCCGCCGGCCCAAGCUCAUCAAGCAGAAGCAGUCCUUGUGCGACGAUGACGUCGCCACGCCUCCCGCCCCCGAGUCCUUCCAGAUGGUGAGUACCUUGAAUGGAUCCAAUGGCGGUGUGAUCAGCAGCUUGUACACGAGGAGUGGCUGCUAUGCUGGGAACUUUCACCAGCAUGCCUCGUCCUCGUCGACGGCCACGUCCUCUUCGGGAGAUCCUGGUGAGGGAGCUGGAGGAGCAUGUUCGGUAGGAGCAUCUGGAGGGCCCACCUUCCUGCGCAAACAGAGCUCGCUCAACGAGGAUCUGAUGGCUUGCAAUCGCCUGAGGGAAAAGGAAAGGGUGCGCAAGCGCAUCCAAAAACAGACCUCCCUGAACGAAGCCUUCCUGUGUCGAUCGGCCCUGUUCUCCAAACGGCUUCAAGUGAUCCGCGAGGGCUUCACCACCAAGAUCAAGAGCUCGACGGGCAGCCUGGAAAGGGUGACGAAGACGGGCAUAAGCAAGCUGAUCCAAAACAUAAAGAGUGGACCGCAGGCGCAGCCAAAUCCGGUCCAGAAUCCCGCUCAAACGGACAAAAGCCCCACGCUGAAUAACAACAAUAAGCAGGGAUCGUCGGCGUUGGGUCAUCAGCACCAUCAUCACCACCACCACCACCCGGUUCACCAUCUGUCCCACUUGAUACUGCCUGCAUCGUCGACUGCGGGACCAGUGACGUACUGCAGCACCGUGGAGUGCACAAUGGGCAGCCUGUGCCACUGCAGCCAGUACCAGCAGGAGUGUCCCGCCUGCGCGGACGGCGGUCAGGGCGACAAGGCCCGGCGGCACUCGCGGGAGUCCGGCUCGGACUCCUCCAAGGACAGCAGCCUGCAGUCGGACACCAGCAUCGAGUCCGAGGACAGCUUCGCCUCGGUCAUAUUCAUACCCAAGCCGGAGCAGCAUCAGCAGCAGUUGAACUACCAGCAGCAGCACCAGAACUCCAACUCCAGUUCGAGCAACUCCUCGUCGAGCAACGGUCAGCGGGCUCAGGGUGCCGCUGGCCGGGAUCAGGGAGUGAAUGCCGGCUCUCGACUGCCACCCACCACCCACUCAGUGCCAACGUCGCCGCUCAUCAUGCCCUGCCCUCCCACUCCGGCCCAUUCGCCGGCUGCCAUUCAGGGCACGGUGACCUCCCCGCCGCAGUCCACGUCGGCUGUUUCCGCGGCCAUGGCCAUCCUGACCCCACCCUCGAAGCCAGCUCGCUUCAGCUUCGAUGAGGCCCACAUCAAGCAGCAGAAGGAGCAGCAGAAGGAGCAGCAAAUGGACCUCCACAAGGAGCCGACCAGGGAGAAGAGAGAGCCACCAAGGGAGCCGCUCAAGGAGUCGCCACCUGUGCGCCGGAUCACCCGCCAGGCCAUCAGAGAUCUGCCACCCAUUCCCAAGUUCCGGAAACAGCAAUCGCUGCAGCUGCAGCGUCAGAGUUUUCCCAUCGUGCGGAGAGCUUCGGGCUCGGGGGUCUCCACUUCGGCCUCCUCCUCAUCGCUGGCCAGUAAACUGCUCUCCUUGGAGCUCUUCAAUCCGGCCACCGAUGAUCUGGACAGCGAUUCCAGUGAACCCUCCUCGCCCGACUCCAUAGACAGUGUGAUUAGCGCUCCCAGGCUGGCCAAGGCGCCAUCGGGAAGUGACGAGGGAGGAACGGCCUCCGCGAACUCAAACUCGAACUCCAACUCCGCCUCCCAGGACGAGGGAGAGCCCAGUUUGGCGCAGAUGAUCAGCCGGCAGCAGGAGCAGUACCACAAGGGAGAGCUGCAGAUCAAUAACUCGCGAUCCCAGGCCGAAGACGAUAUAAUACUGAAUGCGGCCAGUGCCACUCUGCUGCCCGAAAAGAGAGAGGCCACGCAGAAGCAGGAUUGUGCGGAGUUCGCGGAGCAACUGACGGCCCAACUGCAGCGGGAACUGGAGGACAAGAGCAGCCGCACCGAAUGCCGAUAUCUGGACGGCAUCGGAAUGGGCGAUCUUUCCGAGUUCUUGGGCGGCGGCAAGAAGCGCUCCAAUGGCGACCUCAGUACUUUUCGUGAUGAGCUCAGGGAACGUCGUCUGAUGUUGGCCAAUCUUUCCACGCAGCCGAGUCUCCAGCAAUCGCCGGUCAGCUCAUCCACCUCAUCGCUGUCCUCGCAAACGCGCAGCUUCACCAUCCAGGAAGAGGACGGUGAGGAGGAGGAGGAGAACGAGUCCAGCUAUUCGCUGGGCGUUUACGAGCACUGCAAGAUCUCGAAGUUUAGCUACAAGAGGAAUCGCCACUACCAGCUCAAUCCGGAGACAGCCUACCUCCUGCAGGACGAUGGCGAUAGUGAUGUGCGCGACGACGAGGACGAUGUCAUACCCGAGGAGGAGGAGCUGGAGGAGCAGGACGAGGAUGCGGAGGCAGAGGCCCUGGAAGCCCGAGGCGGUGACCAGCUGGGCGAGGGCAUGGCCGAUUACGGCCAACGCAGGCGCAACAUGGCCGCCCUGAAGGUCCAACCACCGGCGAGUCAGCAACAGCAGCCCAAACAGGAGCCAAGCCAAACGGCGAACCUCCAACAGCGACCCUCCAACGAAUCCCUGGAGCACUCGAACAGCUCCACCAACUCCCUGGACAGCCCCUCGCAGGGAGGAGCCAGUACCCACCAUCGCUACUACCAUGUGUUCCGCGAGGGCGAACUGGAUGCCCUAAUCAACCACCAUGUGGCCAGUCUGCACAUCGUUAGCUCCUACUACGAACGGGCCAGCUGGUGUGUGGUGGCCGAAAAGGUCCAGGUCUGGACCAUCUAAGCACCCCAUUCUUAAAAAAGCGGAUUCGAAAUAAACGAAAUGUUUAUGUUCUGGGAUCGAAAUAUAAAUACCCAAGGUAGAUAGCCAGAAGAUAGGGUUCUUUGUAUUUGUUUUUAUAAAAGAGCUAUGUUUAAUACGUUUUAAAAAAUUAUUUCAAUAGACCUAAUGUUGACUUAAAUUGUACUGUAAGACCACACUGCCAACUUUUGAAAAGUGUGGCCAACUUUAAAUAAGCUUAAUUUCAAAUUCUUAGAUAUUUUAUUUAUAUUAUAUUACAUAUUCGUUCUAAAUGAAGAACCCAUCAACCCGUUUCCAUUUGAAUCCCUGCUCCAAAACGAAUGCCCAUUCCUAGCUGUAGUCUAUAAUCUGAUGCCCCCAAAGGAAUUGUUAAAUUUAGUCUAUUACUCUAGUCGGCUGCUGAAUUGGGGGGGGCGGGAAACCCGUCCUCCGGUUCAGCAGUAAUUUAUUGUUAGCAGGCCUGCUCAAGGAAGCGAACGCAGGAUUACACUGCAUUGAAAUUCAAUUUCAAAGGGAAACCGUAGCUAUAAGAUCUAAACAAACCGAAUCGAAUACGAGAACGAUAACGAAACAACGCAGGCUUAAUACAAAUCUUACUAGUUUUACGAGCAUAUUCUAUAUACAACGAGCAUCAGUUUGUAUCUAGCGCUUUCUUCAGACUAAGUUUCAAGCACCUGUGUAGCUAUCAUUUUGAAGCGAAUAACCAUUAAACGUCCAUUAAAACAAAUUAAUCUAAACCACUUAUCCAUUACAGGAUAUACAGCUAGAUAAAGUAAUAUAGCAAACUCAUAUACACACUCCUUUGCGCUGCAAAGAAGACCCCUCGAACAAACGUAUAUCAAUAACUGCAUUUAAAUCUAUGAGAAAACCAUUAUUAUACCAAAAUCAAAACAAUAUACAAAUUUACUAAACAAGCUCACAAACAAUUUUCCACAUAUAUUUUUCACCUGUUUAAGUGCACUAUUUGAUUUCCAUCUAUUAUAUAAAGUAUCUAACUCACUUCCCAAAAAUGGCCAAUAAACACGAUUGUAACAUAAGCCUAUGCCUAAACUUAAAUUUUUUGUCAACAUAGGAAACGGUUAUUUAAAAAAUAACGCAAAACAUUUUCAAUAAAAACAAAUAUAUCUAUAUGCGACUGUACAUGUGUUUUUUAGCUAGCUAAACUUACUUUAUACCGUAAAAUAAUAGAACAAUUAAAUAAAUAUUAACUAAAGUUGGAGACAACACUAAAUCACUACAGAUAGAAUUCAAUUUGGACCUACUACUGCUUGAAAUGCUGAAACAUUAUAAAUAUUAGGUAUUGCUGGACAAUGUACUUAUAAUUUGCACAGAUUCCACCAAGCACACAUUCAAAGGAAAAACCAGAACCCCAACUAAGACAGAGCAAAUAUUCAAUAUCGAUAAUUUGUAAUGCA